AUGUUGCAUUUACGCUUAUUAGGUGUUAUUUUAUUUUUUACGGGGACAUAUGCAUUAUAUGACGCACAUUCGGAUGUCGUGGAAUUAACUCCCAAUAAUUUUGAAAGACUUGUAACGAAAUCUGAUGAAGUGUGGAUCGUAGAGUUCUUUGCCCCUUGGUGCGGUCACUGUAAGAACCUCGUUCCCGAAUAUUCCAAAGCUGCACGUGCUUUAAAGGGUAUAGUGAAAGUAGGAGCUUUAGAUGCAGAUAACUAUAAGGAGUUUGCUCAGAAAUAUGGCGUCACUGGUUUUCCUACUAUCAAAAUGUUCACUGGCUCGAAGCACACUCCAUAUCAGGGACAGAGAACCGCUGAAGCAUUCGUCGACGCUGCUCUGAAGGCUGCCAAGGACAAAGCAUAUGAGAGCCUCGGAAAGAAAGCAAAGAGUUCCGAUAAGUCUGACGUCAUCACGUUGACGGAUGAUAACUUCAAUAAGUUGGUUUUGGAGAGCGAUGAUAUGUGGCUCGUUGAAUUCUACGCGCCGUGGUGUGGACACUGCAAGAACCUAGAACCUCACUGGGCUAAGGCUGCAACUGAACUAAAGGGCAAGAUCAAACUUGGAGCAGUGGAUGCGACAGUACACCAAGUGCUAGCUUCCCGGUACCAAGUACAAGGAUACCCUACAAUCAAAUACUUCCCAUCCGGCAAGAAGGAUAAUGCUGAAGAAUACAACGGAGGCAGAACAUCCAGUGAUAUUGUUUCAUGGGCACUUGAGAAGCUCGCUGAAAAUAUUGCUCCACCAGAAGUUGUACAGGUCAUUGACCAAGCCACCAUGAAUGAAUGUAGUGAGAAGCCUCUCUGUGUUGUGUCAGUACUACCUCAUAUAUUGGACUGUGAUGCUGCCUGUAGGAACUCAUACAUCGACAUCCUCAGGAGACUCGGAGAGAAAUACAAGAAUAAGAUGUGGGGAUGGGUGUGGACAGAAGCGGGAGCUCAGUCAUCACUGGAAGAUGCUCUUGAAAUAGGAGGCUUUGGCUACCCCGCCAUGGCUGUAGUUAAUGCUAAGAAACUGAAGUUCAGUACUCUACGAGGGUCAUUCUCUGAGACUGGAAUCAAUGAGUUCCUGAGGGACCUAUCUUUUGGCCGAGGUCAAACAGCUCCAGUCCGAGGUGCAGAAAUGCCAAAAAUCAUCACACAAGAUCCUUGGGAUGGCAAAGACGGUGAAUUACCCCCCGAAGAGGACAUAGACCUCUCAGAUAUAGAUCUCGAGAAAGAUGAAUUGUAA